AUGAUAAUGCUGUUCCAUUGUUGGGUUUGUGGCAGUGUUUGUCCGGAGAUCGUGAGUGUCAUGUUGCAGCAACAUAAGCCACCGCGCCACAUCUACGAGGUGUUAGCGCCGCUUUUCCGAUUUUCAAGAAUGAUCGGUGUUACGGCGUAUCAUCUAAAGGGUGAACCUCCAUUUGUGGAAGUAAAAGUAACGCCUUUCGCUCUUUUUGCGUUCGUGGUCAAUCUGUUGGUCAACGGUGUUUGUGUUUAUUUGAACGUUAUCAAUUCGCGGCUCCCGCUGGUUACGGGCUCAACGGCGAUGGAUAAAGGGUUGGCAUAUUUGUGGCCAUUCGGGGCACUCGUUUCGGUACUAGUUAGUAUCGAUAAUAUACUAAGACGGCGAACUACUGGUGCUAUUAUCGACGAACUAUUCACCGUAGAUCGAUCGUUGCAACGCAAGCAUCAUCAGAUCAAUCAUGCACGACAGGCGCAGAUUCUGAUGCGGAUCCUCGUACUAUCCAUGGCAUUGCUCAUGAUCGGAACACUCUACUCAAUCCUUAUGUCAUUAUCAUCCAAAUUCUCUUGGAAGAGCCAUGCCAUCAACUCCUUUUCGUACGCUUUGACGGGGUGCGGGUUCAUGGUGGUUAAUUUUCAUUUCAUAUGUGCUGGCCGAAUGGUGGCGUUUCGAUUCAAUGAAAUCGAGCGAUGCUUUCGGAAGUACCUUGACUCGGGUCAGUGGUGGAUAGUGAAGAAAGAUCGCUGGGGAAGGAAAGAAACUACGGUCGACGUUAUCGCCGCUCUUGGGGAUGAUUUUGCCGCGGUGGUGCACAUCGUUGGACGGAUCAACAGAAUCUAUUCGAAUCAAAUUGUGGCAUGCAUUUCGGGCGUUUGCCUGUUUAGUAUCUUCGUGAUUUAUGCUUGUGCCUUCACCUACUACCGCGGCAGUAUACAGGAGCUACGGUUGGCUUCGAUCAUGCUCACUGCUUGGCUCGUUUACGUCACAAUGGUCUGUAUAAUAUUUCAUGCUGGUACCGAGGUAUCUGCUGGUGGCCGAAAUAUGGUGAGCCUUAUCAACACCGCCCUGCAUCGGGAGCACGAUCUGGAUAUUCGUAAAAAGCUGACCAACCUUUCCCAGCAAAUCUUGCUUCGGCCACCGAAAUUGCAAAAUUUGUUCUACGAAUUCAACUGGAAAACCAUGUUCAGCAUGUUUGGAUUCAUCGUGAGCUAUCUGGUGAUACUAAUGCAGUUUGAUACCAUUUCUGACAACCGAACGGAUAAUUCUGCUUAA